AUGCGGCUUCAGCAAGAAAUAUACAAGACAGAGGGAAAGGAGAAUCUCUGCAAGACAACUGAUUUUGACCAUCAGUUGGAAAGCCGCCCUUAUGAUGAUCUGGCUGGGAUAUUUCCGAUGAAUUAUGAACCAGCUGCAUUUACUGCAAAGGAUUCAGGGAAACUACAAGUAUUGAUAGAUCUUUUGGCAAGCAUUCAUGAACAGAAUUCAGCUGAAAGAGUUGUGCUGGUUUCAAAUUAUACUCAGACAUUAGAUAUACUGCAAGAAAUGUGCAAGCGUUUUGGGUAUAGCUAUACCCGACUGGAUGGACAAACCGCUGUCAGCCAGCGACAAAAAAUUGUGGAUUCAUUUAAUAGCAAACAUGGCCAGAGUUUCAUCUUCCUGCUCAGCUCAAAGGCUGGCGGAGUUGGAUUAAAUCUAAUUGGAGCAUCUCGGUUGGUUCUGUAUGAUAUCGAUUGGAAUCCUGCAAAUGAUGUUCAGGCUAUGGCCAGAGUGUGGAGAGAUGGUCAAAAGAGACCAGUGCAUAUUUACAGACUACUAACAACAGGGACCAUAGAAGAGAAGAUUUAUCAGCGGCAGGUCAGUAAACAAAGUUUGUCUGGAACAGUGGUUGACCUAAAAAAGAAGAGUGAGCAUGCCAGCUUUUCUUUAGAAGAACUUCGAAAUCUCUUCCAACUAGAAGAAGACUCUAAUUGCCUUACCCAUGAUCUCCUGUACUGCAACUGUUUGGGAAAUGGACAGCCGAUAGGAGCACCAGAGGAGGCAACAACACCAGACCAUUCCAACCUGACCUGGGGUUACCACCGGGGUCAGUAUAGGCUCAUCCAUCUGAAGGUUGCCUGGAAAUAUAGGAAGAAGUUAAUCUCACUGCUAAAAAGGCUGCGACUCCUAGAGCCUGCCAACUUGGCCAUAAUUCAGAGACGUCUGAUUCCCAUAAACACCUUUCUAUGUCAGAUCUGAUGUACUGGAAGCACUUUUCUGGAGAAACUCAACACUUCCCUGAUCCUGUUCUUGAAAAAGCUAAAGAAAAUAUCACCUUCAUCUUUCAAAACACAACAAAACCACAGGCCAUAUCCAA